GUACUGUUUUUGUCGAAUUGAAAAUUGUCAUUUCGUUUCUUCCCUUGACAUACAUUCUGGGUGUUUUCAAAACUUUUUGCAAACAAAAACAAAGAUACACUAUGACUAAAAAUUAACGGUGUUGGUUUUUGGUGUGACGAUUUUUUAUAACUCUGAUAUAAGUGACGAAGCCAGCAGUCAUGGCGGAUACAUUGGACCCAUUGUCUCCGAGCAUCAACAGUCCUCGAGUGCCGGGGAUCAUGCACAAACUCAGAAUGAGGUUCGGCAGAUCACCUCCUCCAAGACCUCCAGGAGAAGGGUAUGUGGAAUUUGGUGAAUUCAGGACUGAAGCAUCAGGAGUUAAGAAGGUGGGCACAUUUGCUGGUGUUUUCUGUCCUGUUGUGCUGUCUAUGUUCAGUGCUUUAGUCUUCAUAAGGAUGGGUUACCUAGUGGGGAAUGCAGGUCUACUAGUGACAUUAGGACAGUUUGCUCUGGCAUAUCUUAUAGUAAUCUUCACAGUUACUUCCAUAUGUGCGAUAUCCACCAACGGAGCAGUGAAAGGAGGAGGUGUAUAUUUCAUGAUCAGUAGGACAUUAGGUCCAGAAUUCGGUGGUGCGAUUGGUACGUUGUUCUUUUUUGCAAACGUUGUGUCGAGUGCGUUGUGCAUAUCUGCUUGUACUGAAGCCUUGGUUGAAAAUUUUGGAGCUAACGGAUAUUUGAUCGGAUCUAGUAGUGGUCUUCCGACCAGCUGGUGGUUCAGUUUCCUGUACCGUUCAGUGCUGAACGCGCUAGGUCUGGCUGUGUCCCUGGCUGGUGCAUCAUUGUUCGCACGCACCAGCCUCGCCAUCUGGCUGACAGUCCUCGUGUGUCUUGCUAGUGCUUUCAUCAGCUUCUUUGUUACCAGCCCUGGUAUGAUAGAUAAGCCUGAUACCAACGAGCUGGUGAACACCACAUCAUUCCACUACACCGGUUUAUCUAAGGAGACGCUGUACAGCAAUGUGUACCCCUCAUACGGCCGGGACUACAGCACCAGCACCGGAGACCAGGUCAACUUCGCCUCCGUCUUCGGAGUGCUGUUCACUGGUGUGACUGGGGUGAUGGCGGGAGCUAAUAUGAGCGGAGAGUUGAAACAACCGUCACGCAGUAUACCAGCGGGCACGCUGUGGGCGUUAUUGUUUACUGCCCUCUGCUAUACUGCGCUCACCCUGCUGUCCGCUGCCACCUGCUCCAGGGAACUGCUGCAGAAUAACUACGUAUAUUUACUGCCUAUUAAUGUAUGGCCGCCGUUUAUUGCUGUUGGUAUGUUGCUGGCAACAUUUUCCGCUGGUCUGUCAAACUUGAUUGGCGCUUCUAGAGUGUUGGAAGCUUUGGCUAAAGAUGACAUAUAUGGUUUUCUCCUCCGGCCGAUGGUGUCACGCAAUGGCAACCCCGUGGUGGCAGUGAUGACAUCCUGGCUGUUGGUGCAAAUUGGCAUCAUGGCGGGGUCAUUGAAUGCCAUCGCUCAAGUGAAUUCAGUGCUGUUCAUAAUGAGUUAUUUUGCAAUUAACUUGGCCUGUCUCGGUCUGGAUCUAGCUUCGGCUCCUAAUUUCAGGCCGUCGUUUAAAUACUUCUCGUGGGUGUCCGCGGCGCUGGGCGUGUGCGGCAGCGCGGCGCUGGUGUUCGCGCUGCGGCCGGCGUACGCCGCGGCCGCCGCGCUGGCCUGCACCGCGCUGGUGCUGGCGCUGCAUCUGCUGUCCCCGGCCGCUGCCGACCCCAACUGGGGCAGUCUCAGUCAGGCGCUUAUAUUCCAUCAGGUGCGUAAGUACCUGCUGCUGUUGGACCCUCGCCGCGAGCACGUGAAGUUCUGGCGGCCGCAGAUGCUGCUGCUGGUCAGCUCGCCGCGACAUGCUGCGCCGCUCAUCGACUUCGUUAACGACCAGAAGAAGGGCGGUUUGUUCGUAGUCGGGCACGUGCGUGUGGGCGAGCUGGACGGCAGCGGGGACCCGCUGGCUGAGGAGCACAAGUACUGGCUCAAGUUGAUAGACCACUUGAAGGUGAAAGCGUUCGUAGAGCUAUGCCUAGCGCGGAGUGUGCGCGAGGGCGCGGCGCAGCUGGCGCGCCUGGCGGGGCUCGGCGCCAUGAAGCCCGACACCGUGCUGCUCGGCUUCAGGGACGACCAUCCCCGCACUGACUUCUUUAGAGAUCCGCAGUCUCCAUACAAGACGUGUGAGUUCGAGCUGGAAGGGGGUGAGCAGGUGUUCCCGUGGCGCGGGGCGCAGCGCCCCUCCGCGGCGGAGUACACAAGGAUAGUACGCGAUGUUCUCUGUGUGGGCAAGAAUGUUUGUCUCUGCCGACACUUCCAUAUGCUGGAUAUGAAGGCUGUUGAACGUAAAUCCGCCCACUUGAAGUACAUAGACGUGUGGCUGGUGGAGCCGUGGCGCGCGUCGUGCGAGGACGCGUUCACAGUGCGCGCGCUGUUCGCGCUGCAGCUGUUACUGGUGUUCCUUAAAUCUUGUAUCAUUUCCAGGGUAAACAGGGUAAUGGCGUCUCGCAGUGCUGAAGGAACUGCAGUCACUUUCAUACAACUGCCAGCGCCGCCCACACUGAAGCCGCAACCGUCCAGCGAUGAUGAACCCAUCUGCGAACAAUAUCUGAAGGUAUUAGAGGAAUUGACAAAGAAUCUAUCUCCGACUAUACUUGUUAGAGGAUUAAAGUCAGUUACAUCAACUACAUUAUAAAUAUUAUUAUUAAUAAUAAUUACAAGACUAUAGAAAUUAAUAAUUAUAAUAAAUCUGUCUAAAACUUUAAUAAGUCUGUACUCAAUAUUAGACACGUUUCUGUCAAUUUAAAAGAAAA